UUGACUUGAUCAGUCCACGGGCAUCAUCGGCGUGGAAAGGGGGGGAAGUUUGAUCGGCUUUCUCACGGACUCGACGGGAGUUUGUUGCCCUUUUUUUCCUCCCAACUCUUCCACGGGAGUCUUUCCCCGUUUUGGAGGGGAUUUUUUUUUUUUUUUUUUUUUUUGCUUUUAUUUUCAUUUUUUGUCUUUUCCGCGGCGGCGGCGGCGGCGGCUCCGCUAAACUGGAUUUUAACUCGAUUCCCUGCUAGAUUCCCCCGCCCCCCUCCACUUCCCCCAGCCCCCUCCCUCCCCACGCUCAUGACGAUGCUGCUCGACAGCGGCCCGCAGUUCGCGUCGCUCGGGGUCGGCGGCUUCGGGACGCCGCGGCACCACCACCACGACCUGGGCAACAGGGACCCCAGCCUGGCCCUCAACCCCUUCAGCGAGUCCCCGCACUCGGCGGCGUUCAAGAUCAGCCCCGUGGGCCACGAGCUGGCCUCCGGCCAGACGUCCGCCUUCACGCCGCAAGCCGGCGGCUAUGCGGCGGCGGCGGCGCUGGGACACGCGCACGGCGGCCAGGUGGGCUCGUACGGCGCGGGGGCCUUCAACUCCACGCGGGACUUUCUCUUCCGCAACCGCGGCAUGGCGGAGGCGGCGGCGCCCGGCGCCCAGCACGGGAUCUUCGCCGCCUCGGCCGGGAGCCUCCACGGGCCGCCGGGCAUGGCGGACAACCCGGGACACCUGCUCUUCCCCGGGCUCCACGAGCAGGGCGUGGGCCACUCCUCGCCCGGCGGACACGUCGUCAACGGCCAAAUGCACCUGGGCCUGCGCGGGGACAUCUUCGGGCGAGCCGACCCCUACCGGCCGGUGGCCAGCCCGCGCGCGGACCCCUACGCGGCGCACUACAACCACCCCAUCAACAUGAACAUGAACGUCAACGUGCACGGCCACCACGGCCCGGGGGCCUUCUUCCGCUACAUGCGGCAGCCCAUCAAGCAGGAGCUCUCCUGCAAGUGGAUCGACGAGCACCACCUCAACCGCGCCAAGAAGACGUGCGACCGGACGUUCAGCAGCAUGCACGAGAUGGUCACGCACGUCUCCAUGGAGCACGUCGGCGGGCCCGAGCAGAGCAACCACAUCUGCUACUGGGAGGACUGUCCCCGGGAGGGCAAGUCCUUCAAGGCCAAGUACAAGCUGGUCAACCACAUCCGCGUCCACACCGGGGAGAAACCCUUUCCCUGUCCCUUCCCCGGCUGCGGCAAGAUCUUCGCCCGCUCCGAGAACUUGAAAAUACACAAAAGGACACACACGGGUGAGAAGCCCUUCAAGUGUGAAUUCGACGGCUGCGACAGACGCUUCGCCAACAGCAGCGACCGGAAGAAGCACAUGCACGUGCACACGUCGGACAAGCCCUACAUCUGCAAAGUGUGCGACAAGUCCUACACGCACCCCAGCUCUCUCAGGAAACACAUGAAGGUCCACGAGUCCCAAGGUUCAGAGUCCUCCCCGGCAGCCAGCUCCGGAUAUGAGUCGUCCACGCCCCCGGUCCUGGUCUCGGCCUCCAGCGAGGACCCGACAAAGACGCCCCCGUCAGCGGUGCACAACACGCCGGGACACGGCGAGGGUCUGGCGCCUAACUUUAACGAGUGGUACGUGUGAACAACCCGCACGGAUACGGAUUUCCUUUUUUUUUUUUUUUUUUUUUUUUUUUUUAACAACCCUUCGAAGACUUUCCGUGACUUCUUCUACACGCAAGCAGCCCAAACACGAACACAAACGGGACUAGAAGCAAGCCAGUGGGCCACGCAGCUCAGGAUCAAGCAGAAUUGGACUUUUUUUAUUCUGAAAAUCAAUGAAAAAUCUCCUACGUGCUCAGACUAAAUGUUUUGUUUUUUUUCUCUCCCUUAUUUUCAGUUCAAAAGCAAAACACAUUUAUUUUUCAUUUUAUGUAUUUUCUCAAAAGUUUAUUUAAAAUAAAAAUAAUACAAAGGUGGAUUAUUUCACUCUGUUUUAUAUUAUUAUAAAAUAAAAAAAAAGGGGGGCAGCUGUCUUUGUCGCCUCUUCAAAUUGAUUGUUGGAACUUCAGUCUUAAGAAAACGUGCCAAAGUCUUUUUUUUUGUCAUGAACUUGAACACAGUUUUAAAAGAAAAAAAAACAGCAUAAAUGAAUAUUAUACUCGUGAAUGUAUUUCCUUGUUUGAUGGGGUCGAAUCUGUUGUCAACGUCCGUUUUCAGGUAGAGAAUUAAAAAAAAAAAAAAACACACACACAAUGUGGUUCUAGAUUAAUCGAUUGUUGCCGGUGAAUAUAACGUUGCCUUUUGUUAAUAUGCCGUUGUAAAUACAUAUCCAUGAUGCCAUAUUUAUCAAUUUGUAAUUUAAUUAUGGGUAUACGCUCUGAAACGUUAAAAAUGAUAUUUAUGGAAAAUUCUUUCUUUUUUUUUUUUCUAACAAGAAAUGUACAUUUUGGAACAAACGAUCCCAACAUGGCGAUUGUAUCCUUUUGUCUUUCCUUCUCUUUCGUUUUUUUUGUUAACCAGUAGGCCUUUACGUGUCUUAUUUGCAUCGAAUAUAUAAAUAGUCUAUAUGAAUAUUAUGGAUUUGUCUUUAUAUGAUGCAGAAUAUUCUUUACCAGACCAUUGACAUGUACAAGUUCCACUUAUAAUAAAUCCAUCUUUAUUUCGAGGGAUACAUUUUUCACUUUUGCUUUUGUAUAUUUUACUUUGAUAGAGUCCAGGCAUAGAUGUCAAUCCGUAGCAUUAAAAUGAAGAAGAAGAAAAAAACUCCGCCUAUUGCACUCUUUCUAUUAAAUGGACGAGUGUGUGGACAUGUUGGAAUCCAAGUGACAGUAUUUGACGAUGGGGCUCAUGCACCCAAAUUGUUUUUGUUUUGUUUAAAUAGUUCCAGCAAUGUCUUUGUGCGAGUAUGUUUUUUUUUUUUUUAAUGUGUGCAUCGGCAACAAUGGAACUGUCACAAGAAAAAGAAUAAAAAAAAAACAAGUUUUCUGUCUGUCAGCUUGCAUUGUUUUAAAUGUAAUUCUCCUGUUGUGCUGUAGAGCAGUUUGAUGAUGCUUGUUUGUGCGUCAUUUUGUCAAAAUGGCAUUUUUU